ACUCAGCAGAACAGUGGUCAAGCUGACUUCGAAGUGGAGGGUAGUCGCUGUCCGAAGACACCAAGAGUUCGACGGAGUAAGGGCGAAUGGGAAAUGGGGCCAAUUUAUUGGGCUGAAGAAACUGCGACGAGGGCAAACUGUGACGCAACUGUCGCUCCACCCACUCGUUCCCCUCAGUCGUUAAAGCAACAGAGAAGCUUUCGGUCCGUGUCGUGACGAAGUCUGCGCUUCCGUCUUUAUUGCUCCGGACGCAGCGGAAGGGACUGCCAAAAGCAGAUAGUGGACGACGGACAGUUCGGAGGUGGAGUUGGAGGUGGAGGUGGAUGUGGAGAGAUAACAGAGCCAGCCAUUUGUCGAAGCACACUUCAAUUUGGUCUUUCGCGCCACGCAAGUCAACUCCGUAGCUUAACCUUUUACUCUCUUGCAUUCAUGGCGCCCUGCUUUAUCUUCAAUGACAAGCAUCGCAGAGAUUAGGGUUCCUUCCUGUUACGAAAUCAGGUCGUUCAUGUCCUCAGCUGUGUUCGUUGUAAGGCCUUAAAUAAGCCUUAAUUGCCAACAGAGUGAGCGACAGUAGAAGAGAUUGAAGCGUCACUUCGUAUGGACAGUAACUCUUCACUUCUUUCUAUCGAAAUGGCAGCAGUUGAAUCCACUUGAGGCAGUCUGCAAUGUUUCUUAUAUGAUAGUUAAUCGAACUGGGAGACAUGUAAUCAUCAUAAUUCCCAAUCGAGACGCCAGAAGAACAAGUACGAAGGUCCAAAUGGCCAAGUUCUAAUGUAUUUUUUGAGGUCAACCACGAGUCUCGUUGCUGCAGAGAGCAAAAUCUGGUGACAGAUUUGCUUCACGCACAGACCUAACUAGAGAGAGAGAGAGAGAGAGAGAGAGAGAGUAUAGGCAUGAAUAAAUAUGAAGGUGAGACAGUUCCUUUCAACAGUCCUACAUAUAUUUUGCUGAAAACUGCGGUUGCAGUUUUGGUGUCAGAGAAAGACGAGUCGUGAGAAAGAGUAAUCUUUUGCAGAACCCAACUGCUAUAAUUGCUCGAAUCCUCCUCCUCCUCGUUCUUCUUCUUCUUCUUGGCCAAAAGCGUCCCCUUUCCCAAACUCCAAAACCCUCUCCAAUAUCUCGACCUGUCGGCAUUCCCUCUUUCUUCCACCUCCACCUCGCUGCUGCUCUUCUCGGGCCACCAAUGAUGCUGUCCUCCAAAUCCAAAUCCGGUUUAUCUGAAGCUUCUGUUAGCAAAGGCACACCAGCAACUCCUAGGGCUGGUAAAUCCGGAAGGGGUGGAUCUACCAAGGCAGAUCCGUUUUCGCCUUCACCUCAGCAGCCAUCACGCGCUUCCAUCGAUCGAUCACCGAAGUCAGUUGAAUCUAGGCCUACCAUCGAGCACCGUUCGCCUAAGAUCACCACUUCUGAUAAGCAACCACGCUCGGUCAAGGGAUUGGAGUUGCAGACACAGCUGAGUGCGGCUCAGGAGGAUCUGAAGAAGGCAAAAGAGCAGUUGGCAUCUGUUGAGAAGGAGAAGAGCCGAAUUCUUGAGGAAUUAAAAUUAUCAAAGAAAUCUGCCGAUGAGGCGAACGACAAGCUUCAAGAUGCGCUCGUUGCACAGAGGAUAGCAGAAGAAGCUUCAGAGAUCGACAAGUUCCGGGCAGAUGAGUUGGAGCAGGCUGGGAUCGAUGCUGCACAGAAGAAGGAAGACGAAUGGGAGGAGGAGUUUGAAAUUAUUCGGAACCAGCAUGCUUUUGAUGUUGCGGCACUGCUUUCCACAACUCAGGAGCUCCAGAGGGUGAAGCAAGAACUGGCAAUGACCACAGAGGCUAAGAACAGUGCCUUGGGCCAUGCUGACGAUGCGAUGAAGAUUGCUGAGAUCAAUGCAGACAAGGUGGAGCUCUUAUCCAGGGAAGUUAGCCGCCUCAAAGUUUUGCUUGAUUCAGCUGUGGAGGGUAAGAACACUGAAGCUUCAGAGCUAGCUGAGAAGGAAAUGGACUUGAAAGCAAUGUUAAACUUGGCUCAGGAGGACUUUAAGAAGUCAAAUGAGCGAUUGGUUUCUGCUAAAGCAGAGAAGACCCACAUUCUCGAGGAAUUAAAGGAAGCCAAGGGGUUGGCUGAUGAAGCUAGUGAGCGACUCAAGGAGAAUCUUUCCGGUCAAGAAAGAGCUGAGGAGGAUUUGGAAGCUUACAAGAUUCGUGCAAGCAAUUUGGAGCAAGACAACAUCAGAAGUGCUAAGAAGAGAGAAGAAGAGUGGCGGACGAAGCUCGAAAUUGUUGAAAACCAGCAUGCCCUGAAUGUUGCCAAAUUACUUUCGACUACGGAGGAGCUCGAAAAGGUACAACAUGAACUUAGAAUGGCCAUUGAUGCAAAGAACACUGCCCUGAUUCAGGCUAGUGAAGCGAUGAAGAGUGCAGAAAUUAAUGCAGAGAAGCUGGAGCUUCUUUCGGGGGAAACCAGCCAGCUUAAAGCCUUGCUUGACUCCAAGUUGGAGUUAGAUUUGGAGGUCUUUACAUUGAAGAAUGAGCUUGAGAAAGCAAAGGCUGCUGAAGAAAGGUUGGUAGAGAUGGAAGCAACAAUUGAGGGUCUUAGGAUCGAGGUCAUCGAUUCAAAGAAGGCUGAAUCAGAUACUAGCUGUCUAAUAGAGGAGUGGAAGAAGAAGACCGGGCUGUUAGAAGUUCAACUGGAGGAAGCAAAUGAGCUGAGAAAAACCUCCUUGGAGACUCUUGCUUCUGUCAUGAAACAGCUGGAGGAUAACAAUGCUGUCUUGCAGGACAAAGAACGUGAAGUAGCUGCUCUUGGAGCUCAGGUGGAAUCUUUGAGGCUUGAGGUUGCUAAACGCACAACAGAACUCGACGAAUCAAGUCAGCAUCUUGGUGUAGCAGAACAAGAAGCAGCAGAGAUGGGAAAGAUGAUUGCCGUUCUAAAAUCUGAGCUUCAGAUUGCAGAGGAAGCAAAAAUUCAUGCUCUAAAUAAUGAGAAGGCGGCUAUUUUAAAUAUGCAACAGUUGACAGAGGAGAGGAACAAAUUGGAAAAUGAACUGGAUGCUGCUCGGUGCAAACUUGAGAAAGAUCGGAAGGCAAUGGAUGGCUUGGCUUCAGCUUUGCAUGAAGUAUCGACAGAAGUGCGUGAAACACGAGAAAGGUUGUUAACUAAACAAUCUGAGGUUGAGGAUUGCCAUGCUCAGAUAGAGGAGUUGAAGGUGAGUAUCAAGACAAAUCAAAAAAGUUACGAGAUAAUCCAAGAGAAAGCGAAGCAUGAGAUAGUUAGUGUUCAAGAUACUGCCGAAAGACUUGAAAAGGAAAUUGAGAAUUCGAGAUCUGAGCUGGACUCGAAAGUGCUUCAUUUUGUGAAUUCUAUUGAGAGAUCAGAGGAGGAAAUUACUACCAUGAGGGCAGACAUGGAGAAGAUAACUGACUCAUUGAAAGAAGCAGAACUCAGAGUAAGGGCUGCAAGAGAAGAGGAACUCCGAAUGAUGGAUAUGCUUAAGCAUUUGGAGUCUGAGGCAGGUUCCGCAAGCAUAGACGCGGAAGAAGCAAAGGCUGAGAGUUUGCGACUGAAGGAGAUGCUAUUGGACAAGGAGAAUGAGCUGCAAAGUAUAAGUCAGGAGAACAAUGACCUCAGAGUACGAGAAACUGCAGCCUUAGAGAAGGUCAAAGAACUCUCUUUGUUAGUAGCUGAGGCUGCAUCCAAGAAGCCCGAGCAAAAUGGUGAAAUAUCAAGGAAUUCAAAGCAUUCUGACCUAACAGUCUCAGUUGAUUCCUCAGAGGAAAAUACAGGUGAUGUGGGUGGAGCACAGAAAGCAAACUCAGAAGCAGCUUUGGAAAAGCUGGAAGAACAUAGCAGCGAUAAAGUGAUAAUGGAGGACAAGAAGACGAAUAAUGGUGCUCUAGAAGAAGAAGAAGAAGAAGAAACAGAUCUGGAAGGUACAACAUGGGAAAAUUGCAAGACAAUGGACAAGGAUCUGUCAACAGAGAGGGAGCAUGAGACCGAGUCCACAUACGAUGAAUUGGACUUGAAGAUGGAUGUUGUUAGCUUGGAUAUCGCGAAAGGAUUAACACCAGGCAAUAUUGAAAUUGGAGCAACCUCGCCCAAUAAGCAGCGGCAACAACAACAGCAAAAGAAAAAGAAAGCAUUCAUGCAGAGAGUUGGGAGCCUACUGAAAAAAAAGAGCAACAAGUAAAGAAAGAGCUGCUGCUGGAAUUAUUUGUAAUACAAUUUACAUGAUGGAUGAUGGCUUGUGAUGAUGCUUGUAAUGUGUUUACGAUCGUCUUGUCUAAAGAUGUUAUGUUACAGUGCUUGUAUCAGAAAUUGUUUACUUGUUUCUCCAGAGAACCAACUCCUCUCAGUGUCCUUUCAAUAUUGCACUGAUUUAGUUCUCAUGAAGGAGGACCGGUGAAUGAUGAUGUAGAUCGGUGCAUAUGUUAGAAGAAUAUGUACAUGAACAACAUCUAGUAGAUAAGAUUUCUCUAACUAUAUAAGA